AUGACGGACUCCCUUGAAUCGUCCAUGGAAAAAUUAAGCCUAGGAGCCAGCCAAAUUGACCCCGCAGCCUUUCAAGCCCGUUUGGUUGGCGAAGCGAAUGGGUCAAUUGACAACCUCCAACCUCGCAAAAGAGCUCGCCAGGAUGCCCAGGAUCUGCUUUUCGAGUUGGAAAAUGAGUUUUUGGAACCAUCGGACCAAUUUGGCACUAGAUGGCUAAAUGCAUUGCAAAAGCGAUGGGAGGUUUCUACAGAUCACACAGACCUUUUUGAAGUUGCGCCGACCCAAACACGAACCGUUACUCGAUUCACACGAGAAGGAUUAGAAGGAAAGGUCACCGGAUACCAUGAAGUCACGGUUCCUGCAGCAAGCGCCAACGCUAAGAACUCUACGUCGCUUCUCCGCCGACCUGCUGGCCGUGCCGACUUUGUCAGAGGAGCUGCCGGGUUUUUCCCUUUCGCACCAGGAGGCUUGGAGGGUGUUGAAGCCCUUGCAGACUUGGAAGCAGAAGAGCAGGACACAGAGCAAGCACGCAAUGGCAAGCAGCCAGGGCUCGACCGUAUCAUCAACUUUGGCACCGAAGGUGGUCUCCUGACCACACCCCCCAGCUUUGAUCGCGGGCUUAACUUCGACGAAGUCAAGUCGAAGGACAUCGAGGGUGAUCAGGAAGUUGAGACUGCCCUCCAAGAGGAAAGCAAUCUCAAGGUGAACGAAUCAGAGGAAGCACCAGAUCAAGCGACAACUGCCAAGGCAGCCGCCGAAGGAGAUGACAGUGACGACGACGAGGAAGACAUUGACGCUUUGCUCCCUGUUGAGUUCCCUGCACUCGAACCCCGCAACCAGUUACUAGCUGGCGUUCAGAAACAAAAGGGUAGAGAAUGGGCCCAUGUCGUUGAUGUCAACAAGGAUAUUCCGAACUUCCACGAGUUGGUUCCAGACAUGGCCCGAGAAUGGCCCUUUGAGCUGGAUACCUUCCAGAAAGAGGCCGUUUAUCACCUUGAGGGCGGCGAUUCAGUAUUUGUUGCCGCCCACACAUCUGCCGGUAAAACCGUUGUGGCUGAGUAUGCAAUUGCUUUGGCUGCUAAGCACAUGACCAAGGCAAUCUACACGUCUCCGAUCAAAGCGUUGAGCAACCAGAAGUACCGUGACUUCAGAACUGAAUUUGACGACGUUGGUAUCUUGACCGGUGAUGUCCAGAUUAAUCCGGAAGCCAGUUGUUUGAUUAUGACCACUGAGAUUCUGCGGAGUAUGCUGUACCGAGGUGCCGAUCUCAUUCGAGACGUUGAAUUCGUUAUUUUCGAUGAAGUCCACUAUGUCAACGACCUCGAAAGAGGAGUCGUAUGGGAGGAGGUUAUCAUCAUGCUUCCAGAGCAUGUGACUCUGAUUCUUCUCUCCGCAACAGUUCCUAACACGCAAGAGUUCGCUUCUUGGGUUGGCCGCACGAAGAAGAAGGACAUCUAUGUGAUUUCGACUCACAAGCGGCCUGUUCCUCUGGAGCACUAUCUUUGGGCCGGAAAGAGCAAGCAUAAGAUUGUUGACUCUAACAAGAGGUUCCUCGAAAGCGGUUGGAAGGAGGCGAACGAUAUCCUUUCUGGUAAAGAUAAAGCAAUGGCCAAGAAGGAGGCCGAGGCCCAAGCGCAGUCGGCACAGGCCAAAGGAGGCCCCCAGGGUCAGGGUCGUGGCCGCGGUGGCGGUCGUGGUGGCCCGCAGCGCGGAGGCGCCCCUCAGCGAGGCCGAGGAGGGGGCAAUCGUGGAGGACAGAACUCCAACCGGGGAACUGGUAACAUCGCUCGCACGGGCCGUGGAGGUGGUAGAACAAGUGCUGCCCAGGACAAGAACACUUGGGUGCACCUUGUUUCGCAUCUUCGUAAAGAGGAUUUGCUGCCGGGAUGUGUGUUCGUUUUUUCCAAGAAGCGAUGUGAAGAGAACGCAGAUUCCUUGUCAAACCAAGACUUCAAUAACGCCACCGAGAAGAGCUUGACACACAUGUUCAUCGAAAAGUCACUCACUCGAUUGAAGCCCGAGGAUCGCACACUCCCACAGAUCUUGCGCCUCCGUGAACUUCUGAGCAGAGGUAUUGCUGUACACCAUGGUGGUCUCUUACCUAUCAUGAAGGAAGUUGUGGAGAUUCUGUUUGCUAAAACGCUGGUCAAGGUUCUCUUCGCCACUGAGACAUUUGCGAUGGGUCUUAACCUUCCCACCCGAACAGUAGUGUUCUCUGGAUUCCGCAAGCAUGAUGGUAAAGGGUUCCGUGACCUUCUGCCCGGCGAAUACACCCAGAUGGCUGGACGUGCAGGUCGCAGAGGUCUUGACACAGUGGGGUAUGUGAUUGUCUCAAAUGGUGGAAAGGACGAGGCGCCACCUGCUGGUGCACUGAAGCAAAUGAUUCUUGGCGAUCCAACCAAGCUCAGAUCCCAAUUCCGACUCACCUAUAACAUGAUCUUGAAUUUGCUGCGUGUGGAAGCGCUCAAGAUCGAGGAGAUGAUCAAGCGCAGUUUCAGCGAGAACGCUACGCAGGCUCUCUUGCCAGAGCACGAGAAGCAGGUUCAAUUGUCCGAGGCUAGCCUGGAUAAAAUCAAACGUGAACCAUGUGAAAUCUGUGAUGUGGACCUGCAGGCUUGUCAUGACGCUGCGAUGGAGUACCAAAAGCUCACUACUGAGUUCCACACGGAGCUAUUGUCGUCUCCCAUUGGCAAACGCCUAUUCACGAUGAAGAGAUUGGUCGUUUUCCGGAAGGACGGUCUCCGGACGGCGGGUAUCAUCACUCGUGAUGGAAUCUCCGGUGGUAUGGGUGGAAUCGCACCUUGCAUUCACGUACUAAACAUCGGUACAUUGGGUAUUAAGCGCCACCCCACCGACAUUCUUCCCUUCUUGCCUCACAUGCGACCUUUGUUCCAAUCCCUGCCUACCAACCCCGCCGACAUGGAUCUUCACCCAUACAGAGUCCCGCUAGCUGAUCUAGAAUGUGUUACAAACACACAGGUCAAGUUCUCGGGACCUAUGUGGUAUCUUAACAUCAGAAAAGAGUCUCUCAAGUGGGCAGAGAAGGAAAUGGCCCAAUACAACCAGUCCUGGGUUGGUCCUAUCUGGGAUGAAGUUGACUGGCAGCGUCUUAAAGAGCUGCAGGUCCGUGAGCUCAUGGGGAAGAGACAGGCGCAGGCAGAUAUUGUUCAGUCCUCUCACUGUUUACAGUGUCCUCAUUUCGUGAAACAUUUCGAAAUGCAACAUGACGAAUGGCAAGUCAAGGAGAACAUCUCUGAGCUAAAACAGUUGAUGUCCGACCAAAACCUCCAGCUUCUUCCGGACUACGAGCAACGUAUCCAGGUGUUGAGAGAGCUUGGUUUCGUCGACGAUCAAUCCCGCGUUCAAUUGAAGGGCAAGGUGGCAUGUGAGAUCCACUCCGCCGACGAGCUCGUUCUGACCGAGCUGGUUCUCGAGAAUGUCCUUGCGGAAUACGAGCCAGAGGAGAUUGUUGCACUGUUGUCGGCAUUUGUCUUCCAAGAGAAGACGGAAAGCGUGCCCACACUCACUCCCCGCCUGGAGAAGGGUACAAAGGAGAUCAUCGCUAUUGCCGAGAAGGUGAACGAUUUCCAAAUCCAACAUCAGGUUAUCCAGUCCAGUGAAGACUCCAAUGACUUUGCUAGCAAGCCACGCUUUGGUCUAGCCGAGGUUGUCUACGAAUGGGCGAAGGGUAUGUCCUUUAACCGCAUUACAGAUCUUACGGAUGUCAUGGAAGGUACUAUUGUUCGAGUGAUCACCCGCCUUGACGAGACUUGCCGUGAAGUGAAGAAUGCGGCCAAAUUGGUCGGUGACCCCACACUCCAUCUCAAGAUGCAGCAGGCUCAGGACUUGAUUAAGCGCGAUGUCAUCUUUGCCGCCUCUCUAUACAUGUGA